AUGACUUGCGUCUCCCUUGAAGUGCUAUGGAGGCUGAUGGAGCUCCAUGACUCUGUGUCGUUGUGUCUGGUGGAGAGUAAGGUACGGCAGAGUGUCUUGUCCAGGCAGCAGGCCCUCCUCCUCCAGGAGCAGGGGCAGGAGCAGCCCCCACAACAGCACUCCUCCUCUCCCCUGGAUGAGCACAGCCUUCUCCACGCCUCCUGGAACGGCUGCCUGGAGCAGGUCAGACACCUGCUGGGCCGGGGGGUGAAGGCGGACUGCAGAGAUACCCAAGGCUGGACGCCUCUGCACCACGUCUGCUUCCGAGGCCACCUCUCCCUGGUCAAGUUCCUGCUCCAGUCGGGCCAAGUGGAGGUCAACUGCCGGGACUACUUCAACUGCACUCCUCUGCACCGCUCCUGCUGGUCGGGACACACCGAGGUGGCCCACCAGCUCCUGCAGAGAGGGGCCUCCCCCGUCAUGCGCACCAGCUCCGGCCAGACGGCCCUGCACCUGGCUGCAGCCAACGGCCACGCGGCCACGGCCAAGCUCCUGCUGCAGCGCGGCGCUCUCAUGGGGGCCCAGGACUUCCACAGGUGGACUCCCCUCCACUGGGCCGCGUUUGGAGGCUGGGGUGAGGUGAUGGAGCUCCUGCUGGACAACGGUGCUGACGUGGAGGGGGGCCGGGGGGGGAAGAGUGCAGCCAGCCCCCUGCAGCUGGCCGUAUUGGCGGGGAGUGAGGAGAGCGUCAAGCUGCUGUUGCUCAGAGGGGCGAGCGCCAACGCUUCUGGCUCGAGCGGACGCACGGCCCUGCACUUGUGUGCAUGCACGGGACACGAAAAGAUCCUCCAGCAGCUGCUGGCAGCGGGGGCGUUGGUGGACGUGGCAGACAGCCACCUGGCCUCCCCCCUCCACCUGGCCGCCCGGCGUGGCUCCGGGGCCGUGGUGCUGCUGCUGAUCCUGAACGGGGCUCCGCUGGAGCAGCGGGACCUGCUCCUGAUGACCCCGCUCCACUACGCCGCCCUGGGGGACAACAAGGAGGCCGGGAGGCUGCUCCUACACUACGGGGCCCAGGUGGACGCCACCGAGAGGCUGGGCCACACGCCACUGCAUCUGGCAGCGGAGAGAGGCCACUGCAAGGUCCUGAGGGUGUUCCUGGAACAAGGAGCAGACUCCGUUCUGAGAACACAAUGGCUAGAAACAGCAGAGGACUUAGCCCAAGAGCACGGACAACUUGGCGCUUUACACAUCCUUCAGGAACACAGAACUGCUCCCAAAACGCGCACUGAAACAAAGCCUUUCAUCCAGACAGAGUUAUAA